GAGAAACCUUUAAUACAAAAAAGAAAAAGAAAGAGAAAAGUCACAAACCAAAAAGUAAAAAUUGGCAAAAUUUGCAAAUUAGUGAAAAGUUGUGCAAACCAAAAUCACGACGACUAACCGACGACAAGACCAAGACGACGACGGCCACCCGCAUUAUAUAAUUUUCUUUAUUUUUGUUUUUGUUUCUCUCUUAAAUCAAAUGAUAGCUGCUGGCGAUUCUUCCAUUCAUAAAGAUUAUCUAAACCUCGCCAAAAAAGUGUGUGCUUAAGUUAUUUUUUUUAACUCGAAACUGUUACGCUAGCCAUAGCCAGAACGAAACGAGCGUGUGUGCUUAAAAAUAGAGUUUUAUUCUUAAAAGAGAUUUACAGAUUCUUCAAAGGUGCAGCGUCCUUGCACUAACCCAGCUAGCUUUUAUAUUAUUUACUAUUUUUGUGUGUCGUUAAUAAGCUUCCGAUAGCAACUUAAUACAACACCAUCAACGAUACUAUAAGCAGUUGUCUUGCAGAUUUGCGAAAGAAAAAGGAAGAUACAGUAUACUUCACGUAAAAUGAGAAUGAGCCAUUGGACUGAAUCAUAAUAAUUCCUCAGAUUGGUGAAUUAAACUAAAAGUUAAAAAGUCAAUUGAAUUCCAGCACACCCUUUAGACGAUUUGAAAGCACAUAACACCACAGACACCCUGCUAGACAUAUAGCUCGUUAAAUAAGCUAAAUUACAAUUGUAGAUAGACGAGCGCCAACGCCAGUAACAGUAACGGACACCGGUCGUCGUACUGCACGCUUCAAGCAGCCUGACACCUUAAGCGCGAAACCUCAGCCUCAGCUUCAGAGCUGAGCUAAUCACACACAAGAUUGCGGCCCAUAGCGCUUUUGUUUAAUGUUUUUAUUUUAUUUUGUUGUUUAACUAAGCGCGGGCAUCGUUUCGUUUGAUUUAAUCUUUUUUUUUCAAAAUCUCGUUCGUUGUUCAUUUUGAUUGUAAUUUUAUCAAAAAAUUUCAAUUCAACAUCAUCAUAUUUUCAAACUUAAAAAAGAAAAAUCUGCAAAAAUGAUUGGAAGAUUAUUUCGGGCUCAUGGAGAAUUUUGCGCGUCACAUCCGUGGGAGGUUAUUGUGGCGCUAUUGACAUUGACCGCAUGCAUGUUGACCGUAGAUCGAGGCUCAACAUUGGGCACUGAUGGAGCGACGUUAGGUGGAAGCAGCAGCAGCAGCACAUCAUCAUCGUCGUCAUCGACAUCGACGCCAAGUAGAAAUAGACCCUGUCACGGAUGGAGCCAGUCUUGUGAUGGGCUAGAGGCUGAAUAUAAUGCAGCCGAUGUAAUUCUUAUGACCAUAGUAAGAUGUUCAGCGGUGCUGUAUUGCUAUUACCAGUUUUGUAGUUUACAUAAACUUGGAUCAAAAUAUAUUUUAGGCAUUGCUGGACUUUUUACAGUUUUCUCGAGCUUUAUAUUUACAACAACAAUCAUUAAGUUCCUUGGUAGUGAUAUAUCAGAUCUAAAAGAUGCGUUAUUUUUCUUGCUUCUAUUGAUCGAUUUAUCCAACUCAGGCACUCUUGCCCAAUUAGCUUUAUCCGGAUCGAAUCAAGCCGAAGUAACAAAUAAUAUAGCAAGAGGUUUAGAACUCUUGGGACCAGCUAUUUCACUAGACACAAUUGUAGAGACUCUAGUUAUUGGAGUUGGUACACUGUCGGGCGUUCAACGACUUGAAAUUCUAUGCACUUUCGCCGUCCUAUCUGUGCUAGUUAAUUAUAUAGUAUUUAUGACCUUCUAUCCGGCAUGUUUGUCACUUAUAUUGGAUUUGUCACGCAGUGGCAUGGACAUGUCAUUGGUUCGUGCUAAAGCAAAGGAUUCAAUCCUCAUCAAGGCCCUUACCGAAGAAGAACAGAAAAACAAUCCGGUGGUGCAGCGAGUUAAGAUCAUUAUGACAACUGGCCUUAUGAUUGUCCAUAUCUACUCGAGAGUUGUAUUCUCUGAGAAUGACUAUGAUAGCGUGGAGAACUCAUUGUCGCCCAAAUUGCAACAAAUGAACAUGAAUACCAAUAGAACUGAAUCAGGAGAGUUUGCGGAAUAUAUUAUUAAAUGGCUCACAAUGAGCGCCGACCAAAUCGUAAUUCUCAUCCUUCUUAUAGCAUUGGUUGUGAAAUUUAUAUUUUUCGAGAACCGUGACGAUCUUCAUGAUCAACUGAGACAAUCAGCCAUCGUUGCCGCAGCUGAAACCAAGCCAUCAACCGGCAAAAGUCAAUUAGCUUUAGAUGUUAAUAAUGUUAAGCCAGUACAAAGAAUUCCACUCUUCACAAUCGAAGAAGAUAAUACAGCGGAUGUUUGCACCCAAACUGACGAAGAUCAGUACACAAUAGCCUAUGUUAAUCACAAUGAGUUGCAAGCCCUUACAAGGUGCAGUGCACCGCCUCGAUCACUCGACGAAUGCAUCGAGAUCCUCAAAUCAGACCCCGACUAUCUAACAGAUGAGGAAAUUGUGAAGAUUGUAAAUACUGCUCCAACACAAUGUCCUCUGCAUAAGAUCGAAGACACCAUCGGCAAACCAGAGCGAGGUGUUCGCAUUCGCAGAAAGAUCAUCAGUACUAGGGCAAAGAUCCCAAUUGAAAAGCUAAAUAUGCUUCCUUAUCAGACAUUCGACUAUACUAAGGUCAUGAAUGCAUGCUGUGAGAAUGUUUUAGGUUACAUACCAAUUCCUGUGGGCUAUGCCGGACCGCUACUCCUCGAUGGAAGCCAAUACUUCGUUCCUAUGGCCACAACAGAGGGUGCUCUGGUUGCCAGUACAAAUCGUGGAUGCAAAGCUCUGUCGAUUCGUGGUGUGACAAGUAUUGUCGAAGACGUCGGCAUGACCAGAGCUCCAUGUGUCCGAUUUUCUAGCGUCGCUCGAGCGGCCGAAGCCAAAACAUGGAUAAUGGAUGAUAAUAAUUAUAAAAAAAUCAAAACCGAAUUCGAUUCAACAAGUCGAUUCGGAAGACUGAAAGAGCUUUUGAUUGGUAUGGACGGGCCACAGUUGUAUAUUCGAUUUGUUGCACUCACUGGCGAUGCCAUGGGCAUGAAUAUGGUCUCGAAGGGAGCCGAAAAGGCUCUGAAGUGCAUUAGUAAGGAAUUUCCAGAUAUGAAAAUCAUAUCGUUGAGUGGCAAUUUCUGCAGUGACAAGAAACCCGCAGCCAUCAAUUGGAUCAAAGGCAGAGGCAAGCGGGUUGUUACGGAGUGUAUAGUUUCGGCAGCGACAUUGCGCUCGGUGUUGAAGACAGAUGCCAAAACUCUAGUCGAAUGUAAUAAGCUGAAAAAUAUGGGCGGCAGUGCAAUGGCCGGAAGUAUAGGAGGAAACAACGCCCAUGCAGCUAAUAUGGUCACAGCUGUCUUCCUAGCAACCGGUCAAGAUCCAGCACAAAAUGUAACCUCAAGUAAUUGUUCCACCGGCAUGGAAUGCUGGGGUGAGAACAACGAAGAUCUUUACAUGACAUGCACAAUGCCAUCCCUUGAAGUGGGCACCGUCGGCGGAGGCACCGGUCUGCCCGGUCAAAGUGCAUGUCUCGAAAUGUUAGGAGUUCGCGGAGCCAAUAUGGAACAUCCGGGAGAGAAUGCUAAGAAAUUGGCACAAAUUGUUUGUGCAACUGUGAUGGCUGGUGAAAUCAGUUUGAUGGCAGCAUUAGUAAACAGCGAUCUAGUCAAGAGUCAUAUGAGGCAUAACAGAUCCUCGAUUGCAGUGAGUGGCAAAAUAACAUCAACAACAACAACCAACAAUCCAUUGAAUGUUUCAGUGUCGAGUUGCAGCAAUAUAAGUUAAAACUAUGUUGCAAUUGUUUUAACUUUUUUUUAUUAUUGUUUUUUAAUUUAAGUAAUGAUUAUUAUUUAAUUGUUAAUUUAAUUUUUAAAUGAAUCAACAAGAAAACUAACCUAAUUUAAACGGCCAGAGAACCAUGUUAAUCAAAAUAAAAACACACAAACGCUCUUCCAGUCAUCUAUCUGAACUAAUGUCGAGGAUGACGAAGAGCGACAUAAAACAGUCAAAACGCCAAAGCCUCUGCUACUUAUAAUCACACCCAGUCAUAGGAAGACAACCAUAAAAAUUACAAAAAAGGCCAUUCAAAGAAGAAAAA